AUGCACUCUUUUACUAUUUUGCUUCUUUGUUUGGUGGCAACUUUAACAUUAUCAAAAGUAAUCUCACGUCCAGGAUGUGGUCCAUUAUGUGCUAUGUACUGUGAAUAUGGCAAUGUUAUGGAUAGUGAUGGUUGCCCAAUAUGUCAAUGCGAAGAAAGUCCAUGCGAAGAUGAACAACGUCCACUUGAAGGAUAUUUUUGUGGCAGUGGUCCUAGCUAUCGUGCGUGUCCAUCGACACAUCAUUGCUUGAUUGGUCCUAACGAUGAUUUCGCUGUAUGUUGUCCUCGUCGAUAA